UCCUGCCGUGAACACCCCCUCCUCUGGACCACAGCCUAACCUGCGACAGUUUACUGGGAAAUGGCGACAGUGAAUCCGGGGAAGAGGCGACAGGCUCUCAGAGACAGCGGACAAAGUUGCGGGCACGUGUGAGGUAUGACUGCGAGCUUGUGGGGUCAGCUGUCUCUUUGUGUUAGCCCCACGAUGGACCGGUGACCUGCACUGGGCAUCAACGCAGUGACAUCUGAGGUGUUUCUUUCUGAUAAUAAGGCAGGAUCAGGACCCCCUCUCAGACUGAGUCUUGCUACUGUGAUCUAAAGCCAAAUGCACAGGAGGACAAAGACGUGGAAUCUGUGUCUGACAGCCCUGGUCGUACUCAGGAGCCAUUACAGAGUCACACAUUCUCCCUGAAGAACAAUGCUGCAGGUCUGUCCUCAGAUGAACACGAAAACCCUUUAAAUGGAACCCAGCCGAAUCCAUUUGUAUACAGCAGUGUCCCUGCUGUUCCCCACACAGGCAAUUCAUUGCCUUCAGGAGCACUUGUUAAUGGACCUGGUUCACACCCUACCUCAGAGGUACACUGUGUCCUGAACAAAGGCACUGUUUUAUCCAACAGUGUCCUGGAUGCCACGUGGCAAGCGGAGAAGGACACGAGCCCCGAGGUGUUACCACCACCCAGUGAGCUUCAAUCAGACGCUUGGAAGAACACAGCAGGGCCCGUCGUAAAAACACUGGCCACACAGCCAGGUGUCAACGCGCCGCUGUCUCACUCGGAGGAAAAUGAGUCUAAACUGGCCUAUUCCACGCUGUCAGGUGACAGUGCGGAGCAAAUGCACAUUAGCCAACCUUUGGCAAAACAGACAAUAAAAACAAGAUCUCCACGGGACGUAGAAUGGCCAGGAAGCGCUGUGGAUGUUUAUGAUAAUACUCAAGUAAUCAGAUGGGAAUCAGCAAGAGGGAGCCUUUUGCACAAUGACAUAAGGCUGGAGACCAAAGUGAUGCACUAAAGAGACAAGAAGCUCAAUGCAUAUACACGGAGCAUCUCAGGCUGUCUAGAAAAGGUUAUCAGCAGCUUCAGACAUUUCUGCAGUGGUAACAAUGUUGAAAAUGUUGACACAGGCAACAAAGAUGAAUCUUUUGGUACACAAUCUGAUAUUAAAUAUUUAGUAGAGCCAUUCAAAGACCUUUCCAGGAACAUAGCUUUAGACUCUGAGCACCAUAUUUAUAGCACAGCACAGGAAGGCUGUAAUGAGGAAAAUGACCCUGAAGAUGAAAACAUUGUUAGUCCAAAAGUGGAACAGUUGAAGUGAGAGCAACUUGAGCAAGAUCCACUUUUCUUUCCAUGUGCAAAAUGCAAAGUUAAUUUCAAGGAAAAAAAAAGGAAAUUUCCAUAGACAUAUGAUGUAUCAUUUAGGCAAGCAUAAUCAGGUGAAGAGUGAAGAUGUUUCACAGGCCUUUAUAUGCAGGGAGUGUGGGCGGUUGUUCUGUGAUAGCGACUCCCUCAUGAAGCACAUCAUUAUUCACCAAGACAGGCUGGAAGAACAUAGGAAAGAAAUCGGAGACGGUGGCUUUGAAGACAGGGCCACCACAGCGCAGUGCCCUCGGUGCAUAUUUGGCUGUAACUGCCUGAGAGUUUCUGUCCGGCGCGCGAAAACGCAGGAGAAUCUGAAGCACUAUUACAUCUGUGAGGAGUGUAACUACAUUACACUGACUCAGCAGGCACUGGAAGCACACUUACAUGCCGCACACCAGCCUCGGUACAGGAGAAUGAGUCAUACUGAAGAUUCAGAGGCAGCCGACCAUGUUCACUUUCAGUGUAAAUUGGAUUUUUUCAGUUACAGAGACAAAGAAGUGUCAGAAACUCCUUCUGAGAUCGAGCACCGACAGUCAAGCUGUGGUGAUUAUAAGAAGUUUGUUUAUCAGUCUUCUAAUUUAAAGGAGAGAGCCCAUUUACCCCACGGUUCAUUAAAACACGGGGACAUUUACAAUCAUAAGUCCAAAGAAAAAAACUUUGAUCAUCAUGCCCAGUUGAAAUGCAUUGGCAGCCGCACCAAACCCAAACUUUUUCCAUCUCAGUGGAGAAUCGACAAGCAUAAAUGUUUACUGGUACCAGUAGAACAAACAGAUGCAGCAACUGAGCUCACCUGUGUGAAAGAAGAUGAUGAAAACAAUGACUGCAAGGCUCUUGGCAGCUCAAAACACACAAACGGUCUCACAGCUCCUCAUGUUUUACCAUCAGCCAGUAAACUUAAAUCAGACCAGAAGUUUAGACAGGAAAGCAAGAACGGCCCACGGAGCGGGCGCUUACAAGCACAAGAAGACCGGAAUUCUCCAUCAGUGAGAAAAAAGUCAACACCUUUGCAUAAAACUACUGAAAAUGUGGAUUGUGAUAUAUUGCCAAGCCUUAGCUGGGGGCUGAGGAAACACUGUGCAGAUAGAGGGUCAGAGGAAGGCUGCGAGGGCCGCCAUGACACCAGCAAAGCCACAGGCAGAUUCUUGGAAUGCCGCGACAAUGAAAGGAACCCGUAUGCUCGGAGAUAUUUCAGAAACCAAAGCUCCCACCCACUCAGGGAUGAAGAUGAUGGCGAGGAAGACUGUAGCGACAUAGAACAGCUGAUAAUAAAGGAGGAGCAUAUCGAAACUGCAGUGUGCAAUGAGUCUGCUGAACUUCCUGGCUCAUUCUCCGCUGGUAGCUUUGAUUCUUUCCCCACAUCACAGGCAGAAAACAAGCCCUGUCCAUACUGCCCUGCCAUGUUUGAGUCUGGAGUGAGUCUGUCCAAUCAUGUGCGAGGACACCUUCACAGAGUUGGCCUGAGCUAUAAUGCUCGCCACAUGGUUUCACCCGAGCAAGUGGUGUUACGGGAACGUCAGUCACAAAUCCACAGAAGGAUUCCCACUGGCUCAAGGAAAAUGAGAAGAGGGCAAUGCGAUUCAGAAAAUGUUGAUAUUCAGUGUAAGAACACUCCUGCCGCCACACUUCCUUGUCGUAUGCAAGCAUCUGCUCACAGGAGGAGGACGGGUAUUUCUGGAGAACCAGGUUUGGAUUAUAAGCUGAAGAAACCAAGACCUGGGCUAAAACAGAAGAUUUUUACCUCCUUGGAUACCAGGACAUACACAUUCACCUGCAGAUUCUGUGACCUAGUCUUCUGUGGGCCCUUAUCAGUCCAGGAGGAAUGGAUCAAGCAUUUGCAGAGGCAUCUUCUGCAGACCAGCAUGCCCCACUCAGGGAUGAGGAUGGUAGAAGUUUUGGGCCUUCAUCCCAAUAUAAAAACAAACAUGUACAGUGAGCUCAUGGGAACCGAGUAGUUUUAGCCAAGCAGGACCUCCCACUGCCUCCUGAUUUGGUGCCGUAUUUCUAUUAUUAUAUCAUCCUUGUAGACGUUUAUAGGUGUAAAAUAGUUAACUAAGCUACUUUACCAUAACGUACAGUAUAUUAUUAAUGCCUCGUAUUCGUAAAAAUGAAUUACAGAAUAUUUUAAUGCUCCAUUUUGCCUUCUUGUAAUUAAUACAGGUUAUUUGGCAGCAUGACAAACGCACUCGUGUGGAAGCUGAUCAGAUGCAGACCUGCCAAUGAUUUAUUAAUAACAACUUAUAAACUUUUCCAGCAUAGAACAAACGUGGAACAUGUUUAAUAUCUGACUUCAUAAGUAGGUUUUCACCUUGGCAGGAAAGUUUUGAGGAAAUACAAAC